AUGGGUAUCAACAACCCACUCCCGUCGUCUAUGGCGUCGGAGUGCAAGAAGUGUGGAAAGAUUCUGGCGUCCUUCAUCGAUCCGCGCCAAGCGUUCGGCCCCGACAAGGGCCUCGCAAUUCUCACAGUCAUAAAAGCCGGCUUCCUCGGCUCCGCCCGGUUUGGCUCCGGCCUCGUCGUCGCCCGCCUGCCCGACGGCUCCUGGUCCGCACCCACGGCGAUCGCGACUGGCGGCGCCGGCUUUGGUGGCCAGAUCGGCUUCGAGCUCACCGACUUCGUCUUCAUCCUCAACGACGCCUCAGCCGUAAAGACCUUCGCCCAGGCCGGCUCCCUCACCCUCGGCGGUAACGUGUCCAUCGCAGCGGGCCCGGUCGGCCGCAAUGCCGAGGCAGCCGGUGCCGCGAGUCUCAGGAGCGUGGCGGGAAUAUUCAGCUACAGCAAGACAAAGGGCCUGUUCGCCGGUGUCAGUCUGGAGGGAAGCGCGAUAAUAGAACGCAAGGAUGCGAACACCAAGCUCUACGGCCGACCCGUCAGCGCCAAGGACUUGUUGAACGGCGCCGAGAGGCCGCCACCGCAGGCAGCGCCGCUGUUCAAUAUACUGAACUCGCGCGCCUUCGCAGGCACGCGGUCAGGCAACUUCGCCGACGACAGCAUGUACAACGACGUCCCCGUCUACGACGACCGCCACGACGAUGUCGUGUGGAACGGCCAGCGCGGCAGCGCCUACGGCGAGGGCCAGGUGAACAACAGCAGCGCGAGGCAUAGUAUGUAUGGCGGCGCCGCGGCGGCCUCAAACAGCAGGGACUCCUUUGGCGCUCCCAAGCGCGCCUCGACGUGGCAGGACGACGUCUACGACAACCCCCGGCAGUUCGGCGCCGGCUCGCGUGCCAGCACCUUCCAGGACGUCACCGUGCCGCGCGAGUAUACGGGCCAGCAGUCCGGGUUUCCCGAGGAUAGGAAGGUCGGGCCGGGCCGGCCGGCUGCGCCCAAGCCCAACUUCACGAGCAAGCAGGCGCUGAUGAAGAAGAACGAGGCGGUCGCGCUGUACACGUUUGAGGCGGAGCAGCCCGGCGAUCUGGGCUUCAAGAAGGGGGAUGUCAUAACGGUUCUGAAGAAGACGGAUAGCGAUAACGACUGGUGGACCGGCAUGAUCGGCACGAAACACGGCACGUUCCCCAGCAACUACGUCAAAAUGCAACAGUAG